AUGUCGAUGAUGGAUUGUAUGAAUUCGGUAGAUUCUUCAUCUCCAGUAGUGCGAAAGUCUGCAAAUGACUUGAGAGAAUAUAAAGUGAUGCGUUUAUGUAAUAGGAUGAAAGUGCUUCUUAUAAGUGAUCCGGCGACAGAUAAAUCUGCAGUGUGUUUAUCUGUGAACAUUGGUUCGCUUUCGGAUCCGAAAGAACUGCCUGGUCUCGCACACUUUUGUGAACAUAUGUUGUUUCUUGGUACAAAAUCAUUUCCAACAGAAAAUACCUAUUUGAAGUACAUAACCGAUCAUGGUGGUCACUGUAAUGCUUUUACGAGUCCAGAUAGAACUUCUUAUGUGUUUGAUGUUGCACCUGAAAGUUUGAAAGGAGCAUUGGAUAUUUUCUCACAGUUUUUCAUCUGUCCUCUUUUCACCGAUUCAGCAACAGAACGUGAGGUGAGUGCUGUACAGUCGGAACAUGAGAAGGACAUUAGUAAUGAUGCUAGACGUCUUUUUCAGCUAGAGCGAAGCUUGUCGAAAAGUGGUCAUGAUUAUACGAAAUUCCUCUCCGGUAAUCGAUACUCUUUAUUUGAGUCCAGUUGUGCAAAAUCGGUGAAUACACGCGAAAAGUUGUUGCAAUUCUAUUCAACAUGGUAUUCGUCAAAUGUCAUGGGACUAGUUAUUCUUGGAAGAGAAUCCAUAAAUGACCUAGAGAAACUUGCAGAAGAUAAGUUUUCGGAAGUUAUUGAUCGUAAUGUUGUGCAACCAUCAUGGAACGAUACUCCAUGGCCUGAUAUAUGUCUCAAGAAAAUGGUAUAUGUCGUCCCACUGAAUGACGUCCAUCAAAUGAAUAUAAUGUGGCCUAUUCCUGACUAUAUUCCAGACUAUACAGCACAAGCCACUAGUUAUGUGACUUAUUUACUUGGCCAUGAAAGUCGUGGAAGUUUACUGAGUUUAUUCAAAAAUGCAGGCUGGGCUAAUCAACUAACAUGUGAUGUUAAUAGAUCAGGAGCUGGGAUUUGUUAUCUGAAUAUGUUCGUUCAUUUAACUUUGAAAGGACUUGACAAAAUCAAUGAAAUUAUAACAAAUAUAUAUCAAUACAUCAACAUGCUUCUCUCUGAUGAACCAAAAAAGUGGGUAUUGGAUGAAAUACAGACUUUAUGGAAACUAGGCUUUCGAUUCGAAGACAAAGAGACACCUUAUGAAUACGUGAUUAGAUUAUCCCGCAAUUUGUUGACUUAUAAGAUGCAAGAUGACCUAACUAAUCCUUUUAUGGCAAUUGUCUAUGAUCCUAAUUUAAUUAAGAAACUUUUAACUUGUCUCACUCCUGAUAAUAGUCGCAUCUUUUUACUUAGUAAAACGUUUACCGACAAAUGUGUGGAGGAAGAACCCUGGUAUCACACUAAAUACCUUGCUGUUAAUAUUCCUGAAAAUACCUUGUCAGCAUGGCGAAAUAGUUCUUCUAAUCCAGAAUUGAGAUUCCCGGAGCCAAAUUCAUUCAUUGCUACUGAAUUUGAUUUGGUGCAAAACAAAUGCCCCACGAAUGUUGAAAUGCCAGAAUUAUUAAUCGAAACAGAGAUGUCUCGUAUUUGGUACUUUCAAGAUACAGAAUUCAAUCUUCCCAAAGGUUUUAUCAAAUUUCACAUUGUCAGUUUGUCAACAUUUUGUAGUCCUUUACAUGAAAUACUUCGUGCAUUUUAUGUAAACUUGUUUUUGGAUCAAAUUUAUGAACUUAAUUACUCUAGUGUGCUUGCUGAUAUAACAGUUCAUGUGGGAUAUACUAAUAGAGGUAUCACGCUUUUGUUUUCAGGAUUUACCCAUAAAUUGAAAACUUUUGUCCAAAAAGUAGUAACACAACUUGUCGAUUAUUGUGAACCAAAAACUGAUCGUUUCGAAUGCAUCCGUGAGAAAAUUUCUCAAAAUAUUACCAAUUUUUCAGUCAAACCAACUCAUCAUCAGGCUUGUACAUAUUUAACGAAUAUUACUUUACAUCAUUCUUGGAUUAAUGAUGAUUUUAUUCAAGCUCUAAAAGAUAUUACCUACGAAAAGUUGGUUAAUUAUAUCAAAGAGUUUUAUGAACAUAUUUUUAUCGAAGGCCUUAUAUAUGGCAAUAUCACCGAAGAGGAUGCGAUAAAUUAUUACGAAACGAUUCGAGAUCUGAUUAUACAAAAAUUUGAUUCUAAACCACUUUUGCUAUCUCACAUCGCAACACCUCGAGAAGUUAUAAUUCCUGAAGAUUCCAGUUUUCUUUAUCAACGAUAUAUUUCUGGUCAACCAGCUUCUGCACUUUACUAUUACCUUCAAUGUGGUGAGCAGUCUACGCUUAAUAAUACAUUACUUCAUCUGUUUUAUCAGAUUGUAAGAGGACCCAUUUUUGAUAAACUAUAUACGGAAGAACAAUUGGGUUAUAUUGUACAGGCUGGACUUCGACGAUCCAACAAACUACAAGGUUUUCGUAUUUUAGUGCAAUCAUCUUAUCAUCCUAAUAAAAUUGAUAAAUGUAUCGAAGAAUUUCUACUUACUGUAAAUAAACUAUUAGAAGAUAUGUCUGAUGAAGAAUUUAAUGUUCAUGUGCAAUCCCUCAUGACACAUUUACUGGAAAAACCGAAAGGUAUGCAAGAUCGAUUUGGGCGUUUAUGGUCUGAAAUUGCUUGUCGACAUUAUAAUUUCAAACGAAGAGUAUAUUGAUCCGUCAUCAUGUACAAGAAGAAAAUUAGUAGUUCAAAUAAUAUCAAGUGAGGAACAUUUAUGUGAUUCAGAAUUUAGUAAUCAUAGCAAGAAGGUAGUCGUCUUAAAAAAUCAUACGGAAUUGAAACGUUACUGUCCGUUGAGUUCUUUAACAACACCAUUCAUGAUGUUCACUUCCAAAUAUGAAGGGAUAUCACUACGAUUUUAAUCCGGUUAUCUGGAUUGAAGAUUUAGAAAUAUUCAAUAUACGCGUCACUUUUUGAGAUUACCAAAACGUGUCAUUUUUCAUGCACUAAACGCUUUUGAUUUUUUUAAUGUCUUUAUUUUUCUCUUGGAGAGAUUUGACACUAAGCAUGUUUUAUAGAUCUUGCUUUCAUAAGACAUAGAAAAUAUUUAAUUAUGUAUAUGCUUUUCUACUACUUUUUGAUGCAGCUGUU